UCAAAAUAUUUGGGACUAUUUGCCGUAUAAUUCAAUUUCGUGUUUACCUCGUCUGGAUUCUAUGAUCCAGUAACUAAUCUAAUGUUCGACAACGGCCGUAAGGAAUCGGAUGAUGAUGAGGACUUCUUCAAACCGCCUACCACCGGUGGCAAAUCAACACUAGCUAAAAUAUUCGGGAUUUCAUCGAAAUCAUCCACUAACAAUAAUGAACGGGUCACUGCACCGUCGGUGGGGCCGAAAUCGAUAAAGAUUUCCGACCGAUACGGCCCGUCUAAUUUCCGCUACAUUCCAUCGCAGUCGGUUGAGGUGGAACCGAUGGCUGAAGACACUGGUAAACCACCAGAGUGGGCCAUUGUGCGUGCCACAGUUGUAACCGCCUAUAAGCUAGUCGAUGGUGAUAAUGUGUUCCUUGGCAAAGUGGGGCUAGCGUUGCUCAAGUCUUCUAGUGGCCACCGAUUGCUGCUAUACCGCACCAAGACCGAAGUACUCGGGGCGGUCUCGUUCACCCCCGAAGUGAAGCUGUUCCUCAAGCAGGACUAUUUGCAGUUCCGCACAGACGAAUCGGGCGAUUUUUGGAGCGUACUUUUCGAAAGUGAAGCCGAUCGGCAAGCGAUGCUCACGGUGCUGGAAUCUUGGACCGUGAUCGAAAGAGAACCGCUGAUAGAGGAACCGAUGUCCGAGGCAGAAAAGGACCCCGAACCAACUAGCACACGAUCGAAUCUGGUGGCACGGAUGGCACGUAUGGGUGGGCAAGCGAUGCCUCUACCAGAGCGUGCCGCAAAGGCCCCACCAAUCCCAACCGCAGGUCCCGGUUCGGAUUCUUCCGACACGUCCGACUCGAAGAUAGAAACCAUUUCCACGCGUCCCAUCCGACGGCAAAACAUGCUUGCCGCAGUCGGUAUGCAGAUGGUUCCGCUAACCGGGAUGGUGGCUUCGGGUGGAAAUACUCACAACACACCCGGCCAGGGCACCUCCAGUGUAGCCGACGUGAACUUCAACCUCAUCAUGAGCGAAACGCGCAUGCAAAAUACCGAAAUGCGAAUGAACAUGACGAAGCUUGAGUCGAAACUCGAUCGCGUUCUCGACCGGAUUGAUUUACUCAACCUGCACAGCUCGAGUGACCGGCCGGCGAGUGUCGCGGACAGGGAAGCGGAAGUGCUAGCAUUGGAGGAAAAGCUGCUGGAAUUGAAACGCGAAAAUCAUUCGCUUCGGGGCAGGGUGCGCACACUGGAGGCGUCCGAAACGGAGGGCAAACGCAAUGCCGAUGCCAAACUCGAGCAGAAAGUGCAAGCGUUGGAAGUGAUGGAACGACGCUUGAACGGGGAGAUUGUUAAUUUGGAACAAAAACUUGAGUCAUCCCGUGCGGAAUAUGAGCGGGUGAGGGAAAAACUCGAGCUGGCGGAAAAGCAGUUAACGCAGACCAAGGAAACUGAGGAACGAAACACCAAAGAACUCGCUUCGACCAUGGGUCAACUGAAGGAGAAGGUCGAACAGUUGGAAAAACAACUCACGGAAGAAACCAGUCGAUCGGCGGAUGCAAAAACGCUUAUCGAUUUGCUGCGUAAAGAAAACGAAACGCUAAAGCAAACGAUCGACAGCGAAAAAGAACGAUCUUCGGCGUCACAAACACCCGGCAGUGCGCUGGUGAAGGAAAUUAUGAACAGUUGCUAUCAACAGCUAUGCGAUCAGAUAACCGAUCCACAAGUGCUUCGUUUGAUCGCCCAGACUAUCAAACGAGAGACGAAGGCGGUACUCGAUCGAGAGAAAAUAAAUAAAUAGCUGAAUUAAUGUCGUUGAACGAAUUUAAUCCUCCAUUAUCGAUUCGUUUAAUGCCGUAAUAAAUAUUUCCGUUUGUGGUAAUCAGCG